AUUAUCAAUCUAAUGUCAAAUCAAACCUGAUUUUGACUGCGAUUGCGAGUUGAUUUCAUAAAAUUUUCACUUUAGUAUAAAUAAUAAACCUUUUAUUACAAUUUAAAAUGUCGGAAAAUGGGCACGACGAUGCGUAAGAAAACUCAAGUGUCGUUUGUUAUUCGGGACGAGGAGGAACGGCGCCAUAAAAAUGGCGUUAGUUCAUUACAACUGGACCCUGCUCAGGGUAGACUGUAUUCUGCCGGGAGAGACGGCAUCAUACGAGUUUGGAACACUAGCAACAAUGUCCAGGACAGGUACAUCCAGAGCAUGGAACACCACACAGACUGGGUGAACGAUAUCGUGUUGUGUUGUGGUGGGAAAAAUCUAAUUAGUGCUUCAUCUGACACUACUGUAAAAGUAUGGAACGCUCCGAAAGGCUUUUGUAUGUCGACUUUACGGACGCAUAAAGACUACGUGAGGACAUUAGCGUAUGCUAAAGAUAAAGAACAGGUUGCUAGUGCUGGGUUAGACCGAGCAAUCUUUUUAUGGGAUGUCAACACUCUCACAGCUUUGACUGCCAGCAACAACACAGUAACGACUUCCAGCCUUGUUGGUAAUAAAGAAUCCAUUUAUAGUCUUGCUAUGAACCCUCCAGGAACUAUUCUGGUGAGUGGCUCCACAGAAAAAGUAUUAAGAGUUUGGGACCCAAGAAACUGUUCAAGAUUGAUGAAAUUGAAGGGUCAUGCUGAUAAUGUAAAAGCUUUAGUUGUAAGCCGCGAUGGAUCGCAAUGUGUAUCUGGCAGUUCUGAUGGUACGAUAAAAUUAUGGUCAUUAUCUCAACAGAGGUGUGUAUCAACAAUUAGGGUGCAUUCUGAAGCUGUCUGGGCCUUGUUGGCGACUGAAAACUUUACUCACAUCAUAUCCGGAGGCCGGGAUAGGCUAGUCAUCAUAACAGAGUUACGUAACCCUGAUAACUUUGUUAUAGUAUGCGAAGAGACUGCUCCAAUUUUGAAAUUAUGCUUCACGGCCGACCAACAAGGAGUUUGGGUGUCAACGUCAGAAUCCGAUAUUCGUUGUUGGAAGCUCCCUCCCAGGAACUCCUUAAGCUCUGACAUGUAUAAUAAUCAAAAUAGUUAUAACACAACCAAUGUGUACCAAACACAGCCACUACAUAAUAUACCUGGAGGUCCAGCGAUAAAACACUACACAGUAUUAAAUGACAAAAGGCACAUAUUGACGAAAGAUACAGCUAACAAUGUAGCAUUAUAUGAUGUAUUGAAAGCAUGUAAAAUGGAAGAUUUAGGUGAAGUUGACUAUGAAGAAGAGGUUAAAAAGCGUUUUAAGAUGGUUUUUGUACCAAAUUGGUUUAACGUAGAUUUAAAGACUGGUAUGUUGACGAUACAUUUAGGACAAGAUGAAACUGACUGUUUAAGUGCAUGGGUAAGUGCGAAAGAAGCCGGUUUGACUACAGAGAAUGAUCAGAAAGUGAACUUUGGGGCACUUUUGUUACAAGCAUUGUUGGAUCACUGGAAUCAUCCGAGUAGAGUGAAUGAUGCUGGUCAGAAAGUCAUUGGCAAUAACUUCUUCAGUGUACCAUUGCACACUCCGUUGAUAUUUAGUGAAGUUGGUGGCAGGACAUUGUAUAGAUUACAGGUAGGAGAUGCUGGUGGUGAAACAGAAGGAAACUUAUUAAACGAAACGGUACCUUCAUGGGUGGUUGAUGUCGCUGUGGAAAUGGCCGCACCCAAGCUGAACAAGCUGCCCUUCUAUCUGCUGUCGCAUGCUAGCUGUCAGAGUAAACAGGACAGACAGAAAAAGGAUCGGCUGGUAGCGAACGACUUCAUACAAGUCCGCAAAGUGGCGGAACACGUGGUGGAGAAGAUCGUGGGGGCGGGGGACGUGAACGGGGCGGGGGGCGGCCGCGGAGGAGGGGGAGGGGGGGAGGACAGCGGGAACGACGCCAUGGACGAGCGCGUGGAGCUGCUGUGUGCUGACCAGGUGCUCGAUCCAAACAUGGAUUUGCGAACAGUCCGCCAUUUUAUCUGGAAAUCCAAUGUUGAGUUCACACUGCACUUCAGGCUUUUAAAACAAUGAAACGCGAUCACCCUGUGUAAGACACAAAUGAAAAAGUACUGUUCAUUCUCUUGCAUGCUCGAGUGAUGUUGUAUAUAUAGGGGGAGUCUGUUUUCAAUGGGUAAAUAAAAUUGGGGAAAUUGCCGAAUUUCCAAUAAUCCGUUGAAACUAUGCCGCACAUCAGCUAAGAUGAAAAUGAAGAAAAAAUAUAUAAAUACAAUCUUAUGAUACGAGACUGGAACAAAUCCAAUGAGAAUGUCGUCACUGCUCUUUCAGUCAACGGUUUUAAGAACAGAUGAAAUAUCCAAACUUAAGACAUACACGCAUCAGCUUAAUAUAAUAAAAUAAAUGAAUAAAAUAACUAAUAAAUCGUGGACGAUAAAAUAUCGAAGAUUUACGCAAAAGACUUUGAAGUAAAUUUUUUCGAAAAUAAAUUAAUCUUAGAAACCGCAAAUGGAUGAUGUUGGUUUUUAUGAAACAAAAUAAUCAUUUUCUUUUUUAUUUUUAAAAUAUUUCGUUGAUCCUUAGAUAGACAUGUACAGAGCAAUGGUAAUUGGCUCUUAGUGCCAAGUGCGCAAUGUAUUGAAUGUGUUAAGCUUGUAUCCAUAAAAACUGUUGAGGAAGGAAGGGGCUGAAAAAUAGAACAGAAAAAUCCUACUAAUCGACCAAGCGAGCGAAGCGAGCCAGGUCUACAAAUCGUUCAUACAUACAAAAAUAUUUUUUUUUAUGUAUGUAACGCGAUAGCUUUCGAACUGUUGGACUUAUUAAAUUUAAAAUGUAUGUAGGAUCUGUCAAUAGAAUUUUCAAGUUCGUGGGGAAACAAAAUCGGUUAAGCCGUUUUUGAAAUAUUAACAAUUUUGCAAAAAUUUAUUGUGUUCGCGAGUUCGCGGCGAAUAACUACAGACAAUGUGUUCUCUAUUAAAGGCACCGUGCACACAAAUGCGUAUGCAACACGAUUAUAGGGAUUUUUUAUGUACGUGCGACAUACGCAUUUGAUGCGCAUGCGCCUUAACAGUUAAUGUUAGUAACAAUUAUGUUAAUAAUGAUUUAUGUUUUCUUAUCUAUACCAAACUUCAAAAUGCACCAAUUUUUAAUAAAAAAUAUACCUAUACAAGGUUUUCGUAAUAUCUUGCCUAAAAUAUGUAUUCUGUGAUUUGUGUGUUUCUUAUAAGUAUGAAUUAUAGGUGCUUAUGAUAAUGAUUUGUGUGUUCGUGGCGUAAUUCGAUGACUAAAUUAAUGCUUUGUUUAUAUGAACUUUGUAUUAUAAGGAGGUAAUUCGGUAUUUAGAUUUAAUUUUCAGUUAAAUUUGAAAGCCCAACAAUAAAAUAUUUUUUUAACUAAAGCCAACUUCUGUAAAUAAAAUUAAGAAUAAAUGGCCUCACCAAUAGUCAUACAUUAACGAUGUAUUUAUUUAAUUAUAUUAUUCGAAAAUAUAGUUGAAUUGAGAUUAAAAUAUCAAAGAAUUUUUUAGAAUGAUUUAUAGUGGCUUCUGUACUAAAGUUCAUAUAAAUUAAGCAUAAUAUUAUUAAAAUGUACAAUAGAUCAGUUAUCCAUUUAUAAUUAAAUAUAUUAGCUUGCUUUCAUUUUCCCUUCUUGAGACAGAAAAGGGUUGCGCGUAAAUUAACCAAUCAGAGCUUGUUCGUACAGAAGUGGAGCUAUAUGAUUGGUCGAAGACUAUUUACUUCUAUUUUAAGAUGGCGCAUACCCGCCCACUAGCACCACUGUCACAUUUUUGUCACUUUCUUUUAUUUCUUAGCGAAAUCUACCAAAAUGAUCUAUAUAAAUUAUGCUACACUAUUUCAAGGAUUUUAUAUGAAAGUAUAUUAUGUGUUAUAUUAUUGUAUUCUCACAAUUAACAGCACGGAUUUUGGUAGCAAUAUUUGGUUUAGUAAAUUGUGGCAGCUAUGUCCAAUAGAAAACUACAAAACUUGCAAAUAAAAUCCUAUAUCUAAUGUAACAUAUAUUUUAUUAAUUAUUUUUUUCAAGUUUUCGCUAGUAAAUAAAAUAAAUUGAUAAAAGUGUAAUAAUGGCGCUUGUGAGCAUACUGCAGAUAUGUAUUCGUUUACUAUGAUAUUGCAUAUUGUUACAUAGUGUAAAAAUCUAUUAUAUAUAGAUUAACAAAAUAGCUAUUAAAACAAAACUUAAUUUCAGCCAAUGGGUCUCUUUUUAUUGUUACAGCUUCUCCAUAAAACUAUUUUAUCGCAAGGAUUGUAGGCAAGAUAUAAGAAAUGAUUACUUCUGAUUAGAUAGGUACUGAUACUAAGAUACAAUAACCACGUGACCAUCCCCCCAAGUCACGCGGCCACGUUGUUGUCAUAGACUAGUGUCUACUGGGACUACCAUGAAACACAUCAAUGCGUCCACAUGUUCUCCCCUUUUUUUGCACAGUUCGUACAAGAUAUGUGAAAAAGAGAUAGCAUAUGGAUGUUAGUAACGUGCUACGAGUUUGUAUGUUUCGUGGUAGGCCUCAAAAAUAACAGUUGCCUGUUCUUUGUUCUAAAUAUUGAGUAUAACAGUUUGCGUACCGUCGUUUAGUUCGGUUGUACGCAUAGUCAGUAUAGCCACUGGUAGGUGUAUGUUCGUUUUGAUGCUUGCAUAGCGUGAAUGUAUCGAAUUAUAAAUAAAACACUGAUAAUGUAAAUAAAA